AUGGGUAACUAUGUAAAUUUUCGAAGCAGUCCACCAGUCAAGCAGACAGAUAAACACUUAACGCCUAUAAAAAUACCUAAACACUCAAAAGUUCUAGACCUUGACCCACGUUCACCCAGUGAUGGGAUAGUAAGAACCCCUAUCCAAAUAGACAAAGAUGACCCAAGUUCACCAUCUAAUGUUACUCGCACCCCGGUCCGAUAUCCUAACGGGCUUAGUCCUGGGAUACCCUGCUUCAACAACUAUGAAACUCCUGAUGGUGUUUUGACUGAAGACGAUUCAAUACACCGAGGUAACAAGUCAUCCUCACUGUCGGAUACUGAGGUUGCACACAACACGAAAACUAAGACUCGCACGUGUGAUUCGAAUAGUAAAUUCAGACUGUCUUGGUUUGAGAAACGCAUAAAGCGUAAAUCUUUAUAUGAUUCACCUGGUCUGUAUGUCAGAUUUCGACACAAGCAGAACUAUGAAAAGUGUAUGAAAAAGGAGCAACAGGUUUAUGAAGAAAAUGUGACCGAUCCAACCGAUAUCUCACAACUGAACUCAUGA